AUGGACUCCCCACGCCCAAUCAAGUUGGAGCCAGAGGAGAUAGAACCGGCAUUCAAGAAAGUCAAGACUAACGAGUACUGGAUAGACACAAUCGGCACCAGACUUGUGCACCUUGAGGUCGGCACGGGCUUUGAUAAAGUAGUAUUCAGUGUCCAUAGGGCAAUACUUUGCAAGAAAAUCGCAUUUUUCGAUAAGAUGUUUAAUGGAAAGUUUUUGGAAGGCAUAACUCAUUGUGCUAAGAUGCCCGAGGACAAUAUCGAAGCCUUCAAACUAGUGCUUGGCUGGGUAUACGGCGGAGCCAUCGAGCCAGGAAUUGGUCUCACCUUUGCAAACGGUAACUCCGCCAGCACACCACUCUUGGAGCUGGUGAUACUUGCGGAAAAAUACGACAUCAAUCCACUUGUUGAUGCCACAAUGGACUACCUGAUCAAUCUUCUCCAAGAGAAGAAGAUAAUCAUUGGCGAGUCCCUGUGGGUGUAUACGUACGAGCAUACACGCCGAACAUCGAAGCUUCGAUUGUUCUUCACAAGAUUAGCCAUCUACGCGAUGCGCUUUAAAGAUGGAGAAUUCACUAGCAAUCCAAAAUUCUGGACCGUGAAGGCAAUACACUCCAUAUUGUCGCAGAAUCCAGAGAUCCUCAUGGAUUAUCUCGCUUUGUCUCAAGGGGUAAAGCUUCAAGAAGAUCCAUUGAUAGCACCACCUUGCGACUACCAUCGCCACGCGACUGACGAGGUAUGCCCAUACAAGCUGAAGAGAACCGCCAAAAUCACCAAUGAGAGUGGGAAUAGGCCCAGCGACCUGGAUGAUUGA